AUGGAACAUAUGAAAGGAAUUUUCAACUGGAAUGUCAAGCAGCUUUUCUUGUAUUUAACAGCAGAGUACUCAACCAAGAAUAAUGUAUGUGUGUUUCUUUCUCUAUGUUAAAUAGUGUAGGUAUAUAUUUAGUGUUGGGAAUCAGCUGAGAUUCAUUAUCAAUCAUAAGAAAUAACCAGAUUGACGAAACUCCUCAAUCAUCAAUUUGUAAGGAGAAAAAUUUCUUAUAAGAAUUCUGUUUAUUGUGCUCCUUUGUGCAAGUCAAUGUAAUGAAAGUUUUGAUUUUCUCUUUUGGGUGGACCUCUUCUCUUAAUAGCACCAGUGGAGAGAUUUAAGCAUGGUGGUUGUGUCAAUUUUUAAGAACAUGACAAUAAUUAUUAAUACAUACAAAAUGUAUCAGAAAAGGGUCAUCAAUGGAUUAAAAUUAAUGUUAACAAAAACGUAUAAAUUUUAUGAUAAUGAACUGAAAUUUUUCAUAAUCAAUUAUCGCAAAUUGUUUUUAUGUUUUCAGUCAAUUAUCAAUAAAAAAGAUUGACCCGCAACUAACAUUUUUCUGCUUAAAAGUCUUGCUUUAAACUCAUUUAGGACAUAAAAUAUAAUUUUUUUUCUCAUGAAGACACUGUGGAAUUAUUUUUCAAGUGCCUUCAGGUGGUAUAAAAAUGUUAAUUUUAUUGAUUUUCUUUUAAUCAGAAAUUUAAUCAAGUGGUGAUAUGGGACAAGAUCAUCUUACGUGGAGACAAUGCUCUUCUGAACUAUCAUGGCAUGAAUACAAAGUACUACUUCUUUGACGAUGGUCUUGGACUCAAGUGAGUUUACCAAACAACAUUAUUAUGAAUGCCUUGUCACAGUCAAACCUGUGAGUGACAUGUGCAUGGACAUUGAUUUUUCUUUUCUCGUCUCUUUUUCUUUUUUUUCAGGGGAAACAAGAAUGUCAGUCUUUACCUAUCCUGGAAUGUAAUUCCUAAUGCUGGAGUCCUUCCCUUGAUAAGCCAACCGAACAAGUUCUUCUUUGACUUCCCUAACGAAUACACUGUUAACAGAGGAGGAUUUGAUCAUUGA